GCGUCAGCCUUCCCGAGGAGCUCUGCGGUCUGCUCCGUCAAAAAGAAAAUUCAGUAUUUAAUUCCCGCAGGCCCUCCAUAAUCUUACCCCUAUUCGUCCCAGCAGAAACAAGCACUUCAUUGUUAAUUCACUUCUCUCUGAUUCUCUCUCUCUCUCGUGGGAUCCUAAUCCAAGCCCUACUCGAAUCAGAAACCCUAGAAUUAUAUUCAGAUACAAGGAGGGCCACCCCUUGGCGCUCAAUUUCCAGGCAGCUCCAUCAUACUGCAUUCGUUCCAAGAUGAUGCAGUGUAAAUUUUCUCACGGUGUGGUUUUUAGCGUGGGAAACAUUUCCAAAAUAAAGGAAACUUGUGCUGGUUUUUCUUCAUUAUCAUGGAAUUCUACGAACACAAUGCCAAUUCUGCAUUCAGAUGAUGUAGGAGUAGGAGUAGGACACAAACGAGGGGGCAGAGUGAUUGUUGCUGCAAGCCCGCCAACAGAGGAUGCUGUAAUUGCGACAGAGCCACUGACAAAAGAGGAUCUUGUUGGAUACCUUGCCUCUGGGUGCAAGCAGAAGGAAAAAUGGAGGAUAGGAACAGAGCAUGAGAAGUUGGGUUUUGAGUUGGGAACUUUGCGUCCUAUGAAAUAUGAACAAAUAGCAGAAUUGCUUAAUGGCAUUGCUGAGAGAUUUGACUGGGAUAAAAUAAUGGAGGGUGACAACAUUAUUGGGCUUAAACAGGGAAAGCAAAGCAUAUCACUGGAACCUGGUGGUCAGUUUGAGCUUAGUGGUGCACCACUAGAAACUCUGCAUCAAACUUGUGCAGAGGUUAAUUCACACCUUUAUCAGGUCAAAGCUGUUGCUGAGGAGAUGGGAAUUGGAUUCUUAGGGAUAGGUUUCCAGCCAAAAUGGGGACUCAAAGACAUACCUAUAAUGCCCAAGGGAAGAUAUGAGAUUAUGAGGAAUUACAUGCCCAAAGUUGGUUCACUUGGGCUUGACAUGAUGUUUAGGACAUGCACUGUUCAGGUGAAUUUGGACUUCAGUUCUGAAGCUGACAUGAUCAGGAAAUUCCGUGCUGGUCUUUCUUUGCAGCUUAUAGCAACAGCUCUAUUUGCAAAUUCACCUUUCACAGAAGGAAAGCCUAAUGGUUACCUGAGCAUGAGAAGCCAAAUUUGGACUGAUACUGAUAAGAAUCGCACUGGUAUGCUGCCUUUCGUUUUUGACAACUCGUUUGGGUUUGAGCAGUAUGUAGAUUAUGCUCUUGAUGUUCCAAUGUAUUUUGUCUAUCGGGAAAAGAAGUAUAUUGACUGCACUGGAAUGUCCUUCAGGGAUUUUUUGGCAGGAAAACUUCCAUCAAUUCCAGGAGAAUUCCCUACCUUUAAUGAUUGGGAGAAUCAUCUGACAACAAUAUUUCCUGAGGUCAGGCUGAAAAGGUACUUGGAGAUGAGGGGUGCUGAUGGAGGGCCUUGGAGGAGGUUAUGUGCUUUACCAGCAUUUUGGGUUGGUUUAUUGUAUGACGAAGUUUCACUGCAAAAUGUUCUAGACAUGACAGCUGACUGGACAUUGGAGGAAAGACAGAUGUUGAGGAACAAGGUUCCAAAGACUGGUCUAAAGACACCAUUUCGAGAUGGAUUGCUGAGGCAUGUUGCUGAAGAUGUUCUAUGGCUGGCCAAGGAUGGCUUGGAAAGAAGGGGCUUCAAGGAAUCUGGGUUCUUGAAUGAGGUGGCUGAGGUGGUUAGAACGGGAGUAACACCAGCGGAGAAGCUUUUGGAUAUGUACCAUUCAAAGUGGGAACAGAGUGUAGAUCCUGUGUUUGAGGAACUACUUUACUGACGUGAAUUGAGACUCUUCUGUGCACAACAAAGAGCGUUCUUUUGUUUGUGAACUUUAAUUUUUGGGGUGUAAUGCUUUUUAUUUUUUUGUUUUAGUUGCUUUCAAUUUAUGGUUAUAACAAUAUCAUUUCAUGGGAAUACGUCACGAAUAAGUUGUAAUGUAUAAUAUACUUGGCAUGGGGCUUUCCUUGCGACUCCUGUCCAAUAUAAUUUGAUCAAGCUGCGUUCAACU